AUGGGUAUUCUUUACCAACCAAACUUAACCUUCUUCAUUUUCUUUACUAUUUUGAUUCGAGUAGUUGUGUGCCAACGAGCGCUCUUUGUGUUCGGAGACUCAUUAGUUGAUGUUGGCAACAACAAUUUCCUCAACUCCGUUGCCAAAUCUAACUAUUUCCCUUACGGUAUUGAUUUCAACAUGCAGCCUACCGGAAGAUUUAGCAAUGGAAAAACCUUUGUUGACAUCAUUGGAGAGAUGAUGGGUCUCCCUUAUCCUUCUGCCUUUGCUGAUCCCAGCACAAGAGGAGCUAAAUUACUUGAAGGAGUAAAUUAUGCUUCUGCAGCUGCUGGUAUCCUUGAUGAGAGUGGCCAACAUUAUGGGGAAAGGUAUAGCCUAAACCAACAAGUAGUGAAUUUUGAAACAACAUUGGAUCAACUACGAGCAAUGAUGGGGGGUGAUAAUUUGACGAGUUUCCUUGCCAAAUCCGUUGCCGUUUUGGUGUUUGGUAGUAACGAUUACAUCAACAAUUACCUAAUGCCUUCCAUCUACUCCUCUAGCUUCAAUUACAAUCCUGUACAGUUUGGCAACCUGCUUCUCAACCGCUAUGCCUCCCAACUUCUGACACUGUACAAUCUAGGAUUGAGGAGGAUGUUCAUAGCCGGAAUCGGACCGCUCGGCUGCAUCCCUAACCAAAGGGCGGGGCAGGCCACGACGGGGAGAUGCGUGGAUUCGGUGAACAAUGUACUGGGUACAUUCAACGAAGGGUUAAAAUCUUUGGUAGAUGAACUAAAUAAGCGUCAAGGUGCAGUGGUUGCAUAUGGCAAUACUUACGGUGCUGUGGGUGACAUACUAAAUAAUCCUGCAACUCACGGGUUCAAUGUAGUUGACAGAGGAUGCUGUGGAAUAGGGAGGAACCAAGGGCAAAUAACAUGUCUGCCAUUUGAGAAUCCAUGCACCAACAGAAACCAGUACGUGUUUUGGGAUGCCUUCCAUCCCACGGAAGCUGUUAAUGCGAUUCUGGCUCGUCGUGCUAUCUACGGCCCUCCUUUGCAUGCUUAUCCAUUUAACAUCCAACAAAUGACUCUUCUCAACUGA